AUGCAGCGAGAGUUUGAUGAGCCAAGCAGAUAUGGGGCACCGCCUGGUUGGGUAACACCAGAAAUUGCACCUGGAUACUUCAACAAUACAGGCAGAUUUCAAGAUACACCGGAAUCAUCAGAAGCACAGACAGAAAGCCAAGGACAUGAAGCCGUGGAUGGGUUGCAACAAGGCUUCUACCAGUCGCUCCGUCAACAUCAAUCAUCCGUGCUGCAAAAGCGGUUGCGACGGGAAGACCAGUCCAAAGAGACAGAAAUUUUGGCCGCUCUAGCAGGUUCCAAACCACCUAACAUUGAAGCUUACGUUCUGCCAAGGCUAGAGAUGCGCUUUGAAACUUUCCAAGAGGCAAAGAACUUCUACAACGUCUAUGCAAAGCACACGGGUUUUGCUAUCAGGGAAGGCUCAAAGUUUAAGACUAGAGCCUACCUUUAUUGCACGUGCUAUGGAGUCUAUGAGUCGAAGGUGUCAGAAGCAAAUAGACAGCGGAACAAGACGACCGCCAGGACUAACUGCGGGGCUAAAAUGAGGCUGAAGAGGGAAAAGGAUGGAACACUUGUCGUAAAAGAGAUAGUCUGGGAACACAACCACAUGCUACAGCUCACCCCCCAAAUGCUUGUCUUCUUGCACUCCCACAAAAACUUUGACAAAACAAUCUUGGAGUACGUCAAGUACCUGCAGUUCAAAGGCAUUGAACACGCGCAAAUCAUGAGCAUACUGGGCGGCGAUGACCCCGGUAGCUACUUCCUCGAAAUGAAUGCCAAAGACCUGAUUAACCUCAAAGCAAAGAAUUCAAGGAUGGAUGAUGUGGACGAUGUCCUAAAGACUGCCAACUUCUUCAGGGAGAUGAAAGCUAUAAAUAGGGAAUUCUUCUGUGACAUGCAACUCGAUGAGUACGACAGAGUUAAGAACAUAUUCUGGGCGAACGCAAGCUGCCGAGGGGCGUGUCAGGACUUUGGUGACUGCGUGGCUGUUCAAGACAUUUUAAGGUGCAUGAGAGGGAAGGCUCCUACAUGCAUCCUCACAGACCAGUACCCGGCAAUGGCUUUGGCAAUCCCAGAUGCUUUCAAGAACACAGUACACAAGCUGUGCAGCUGGCACAUUAUGAAGAAGUACAGGGAAUACCUCGCAUACCUGUACUACCUGCACGAAGACUUUAAGGAUGAAUUCACAUCAAUCCUCAACUGGCCCCUCAUGCCAACUGAGUUUGAGGCUGCCUGGAAAAGACUCAUGGAUAAGUACAACCUCCACGAUGAUGCCACGAUGGUGGCCAUGUGGAACGAGCGUGAGAGAUGGAUAUCAACCUACUUCAAAGAAAUUUUCUGUGCCAAAAUGACAUCCACACAACAAAAUGAGAGCAUGAACUAUGUGCUCAAGAAGAACUUCGUAAGUGAGAGACAAAACCUACACCGGUUUGUCAGCCAGAAGGAACAAAACACGCUGACCUUCUAUGGGAUUGACACCCAGAUGGCAAAGGUUUACUCACGAGCUGUUUACAGCAAGAUCAGAAAUAGGCUAAAACUGAGCACACUCUUCACGGCGACAGAGACGGAAGAGCCCACAAAGUACCUCGUGCGCUACAACCACCCGCAAAAAAUGUCUGUGUGGGCUCAGCACGCGUUCCAGGUGGUUGCAGACCCCGUCGGAGAAACAUAUGAGUGCGAGUGCAGGCUAUGGGACCACACAGGUCUUUUCUGCGUGCAUGUCCUGUGCAUGAUGCAGACAAUUAAGGCUGCCAGCGUUCCAGAGAAAUACAUCCUCAGGAGAUACACCAAACGACCGAACAUCCAGCCAACAUUCAACAGAAAUGACUUGAGUACAGUAGCGUCAAACAAGGCAUCCCAAUACUGCAUUGAAAGCUCACUGCUGACGCUGAACAUGAGGGUGCACAGAAAAAGCUUGAGAAGCCAAGAGCAAAUGGCGAGGUCACGGGUCAUCAUGGACAAACUUGAAUAA